UUAAUUACGAGCUUAUCUUUGGAAUCAUCUCCAGCUUUUUCACAUUUUUAAUAACCCCUUUUUUUUUCAUUUUCCCCAUUUCUCAUAUUUAAUCUCUCUCUUUCUCUCUCUCUACUUAUAAAAAAAUCUCUCUCUCUGCCCCUACAUUUACUCAUCUUUGCCCGCCAACUACUUGUCUACUUUGGUACUUUCUUGAUUUUCCGGCGACUCUUUCCCCACCGGAGAAAAAAAAACGAUGUCGACUGAGGAAGUGAUGGCUCCCGCCGCUAAUGAAGGUCCACAUCCGGUCCCACUGGCGUCCCAUGAUGACGUGGCCAAAGAUCCGACUCUCUUCAUGGACACCCUCAAAAGCUUCCAUUUAUCCAUUGGCUCCAAAUUUACGAUCCCUGUGAUUAGUGGGAAGGAACUCAAUCUGCAUGUACUCUAUGUGGAGGUCACUAGAAGGGGCGGCUACGACAAGGUUGUAAGUGAGAAGAAAUGGAGAGAGAUAAGCACGGUGUUCGAAUUCUCUCCGACAACGACGAGCGCUUCGUACGCGUUAAGGAAGCAUUACCUAACUCUUCUCCAUCGUUAUGAAAUGGUUUACUUCUUUAGGCACCAAGCUUCCAUGCCCAAUCUGCAGACAACAGAAGUCCCUUCUUCUUUCCAAGCUACGGGAACAAUCGACGCCAAGUUCGACUGCGGCUACAUCGUUUCGGUCAAACUUGGUAACGAGACUUUGAACGGUGUGCUCUACCACCCGAGCUAUCCUGCUCCUCCUCCUGCUGCACCACCCGCACCGCUAACGUGCACCGACAUUGUACCGUACAACCCACCAGAGCUUAGCAACCGCCGCACUAGAACAAGGCGAAGGAGAAGAUCGAACGAUCCUGACCAUCCAAAAAUCAACAGGAGUGGCUACAACUUCUACUUCGCGGAGAAGCACGCUCUGCUCAAAGUGGAGCACCCGAAUCGCGAGAGACAGUUCACUAGAAUGAUCGGCGAUGCAUGGACUGCUCUCUCCUUGGAAGAAAGGGAGGUAUAUCAGAAUAUUGGGUUGAAAGAUAAGGAGAGGUACCAGAGAGAGAUGAAGGAGUACAGGGAGAUGAAGAUGGGGCAAAGCUGAUGACAUAUAUGCAGGCGAAAAAAGGAAGGUUUUAUAAGCCUUUAUGAAACUCCGGAACUCGGUUUUUAAUUUCAUUCAAAUUUCGAUAGAUUUUGCAAGACUUGUUUUAGCUUUUCGAAUAGGAUUUCGUUUUCGGAUUUUGGAUUUUUUUUUCGGUUUGAGUAAUUUGUGACAUUUAAAGGGUAAAUUACAACCGCCUCCUGAGGAAAAGUCUAUUUACAAAAAGACCCCUCAUUUUUCUAUAUUUACAUCCAUCCCUUGCAAUAUGUAGAUUUCUUACAUUAACACCAUGUGGUAAGGUGGUGGAUGUAAGGCAUUUAUGAAAUGCAAGGGGCUGAAUGUAAUAUCUGAAAAAGAAGAGGUUUUUUUCAUAAUUACCAUUCGCCUCAGGGAGGUGGUUGUAAUUUACUGAACAUUUAAAUUAUAGUCUAUUUGCCAGUUAUUUCCAACAAUGUGCACAACCAG